AGGGAAGGCGAAAUAAAGCUGGUGUAGGACGUGGGAAGUGGUCGAACGACGGGCAUUACUGGAUGGAAGGCAACACGAGUAAUGGCUAUGGAUAUGAUGGGGGGCGAGCGACGUAUUCUGACACGAAUCCCGCACAUGGGGGAAAUCCUCCCCCACCAGGAAUUGCUCCUAUGUCGAACCCCUACGGGGCCGCUCAUGCUCCUAUGAUGCCGCCUCAGGCUCCGACGUUACAAUAUCAGACGCCACCUGGCCACUUGGGUGUCCAGCCGUGGCAAUGGCUUGGCCCCUGGGGUGCGCUGCAACCGCCAACGCUGCCGGUUGUGCAAACCGCUCCGCAUCCGUCCGCUAUACCUAUUCCUAAUCCUACCCCUCCCCCUCCACCCCCACCUCCACCUCCCUCGCAUGCGUCUAACCCACCUGCGCAGCAUCACUCGAACGCCCAACAUGGGCAGUCUGGGUACGGAGGUAACCCCGCCGGUAGUGGGAAAGGGCCGGCUGCCAAUGCUUUUCCGGGUCCCGACAAUCGUGCUUACUUUACCAAAGAGUAUAUGGACAUUCUGGAUAAUAUCAAGAUGAAUAAAGCUCUGGAAGAACCGAAGAAGAAGAUUGCUGCUCCGCGACAGCGCGGUUUGAAGAUUGUGGAGAUCCCGGAAGAAUCCAGUCGCUCCGGUUCCAGAUCGACAGACAAGACCGAAGAAAUGAAGACAUGGGUUUCGUCAACCCUUGGCGACUCGCUCCGGUUGAUCAUCGCGAAGUUGGAGGAAGUCGACAAGAAGGCCAACAUUACUGCUGCCGAGAAAGCAGAACUAGAGUUGCUGCGGAAAGCUAAGGCCGCUGAGUGUGAGGCAGAUGUGAACAAAGAAGGGAACAAGUCCCAGAAAGACGCGUCUAGCAGUGAAAAGUGGAAGAGAGCGGGGGUGCGCACCCCGCUGGAGAACUCACCAUCUGUUGCGCGUGCGAAGCCCUGGUUGCGUGGAAGCUCGAAGUCUCGACCGAAGAGGAUCGAGAUUUCAUCCGAUGAUGAGGCCGGGGGUACUGUGAAACAGAAUCUCCACGCGAAGAUGGAGAACAACAGCGAAUUGGCCGAUAUUAAGCGGAUGCUGGCCGCGCUGAUGCAAGGGAUCGGCGACGCCAAGGGUAAGGCGAAAGUAGUUGAGCCGACCUCCCGGGAACCCGUGGCCACCGAAACGGAGACCGUGGCGAACGAUGACAUCGACCUGGCUCAGAAUUCCUCGCUUGCCGAAGAAGAAGAAGAAGAAGACGAAGGCGACCUUGCCGCAUUUAUGAAGGUUCGAGGGGAGUACUAUAGCUCGUUGCACUACACUAGAGUGCAAGAGUUAUGCAAGGAAAAGGGAAUCCAGUACUUUCGCAAAGACAUGGGGGUUUGGGAAUUGGCCAGGCGCGAUCUACAAGAAUAUGCGGAUCUGCUCAAGGAAGGGAAGGGUGAGCCAUCGUCGAAGAAUGGACAAGGCACUGCUGCGGAUGAAUCGUCUGAGUCAGACUCCUAGAACGUUAAGGGAAACUGACCGUCUGUAGUCUAAGGUCGCUACUCUGGAUGACCAGGAGGAUCACAAGGAUGAAGCAUGAUGCUUCUUUGAGACCAAUCUUGGACCGC